AGCUGGUUCGCGCCCGGUCAGCGCCCGCUUUGGGCAAUGGCAAUGGCGCAGGAAAGCAUGGACGAGACCAUGGAUAUGGCCGCCACACAGGAAGGGUCGCCGUGGGCGGCCGCCAAUUAUUCAGCCCAGUCAAGCGGCACUAUUCAAUUUGAGAUGAGGAAUGCCACCAAGCUUUGCAUGACGAGUGGCAACACUCAGGAGCCAGAGCAGACCGAGAUAGUGCAACUGAAGGUGCAUGGCGGUGGUGGCCUGACGGCGACAAUGGUCCCGGAAGGCCUAGGCCUGGAUAGCCAUGUGCUUGAUGGCACUGUUCGAGCAAGGCUGUCGCCUGAGGAGCGCCUGGCUCGAGAAGUCGCCCGGCGCCGGCAGUUGGAGCUGGAGCGGCGGCAGCGCAUCUUCAACUCCAAGCGCCGACUCAUCGGCAUUGACAAGCAGGUGAUAGAUGCGCAAGUUGCGGAGCAGCAACUUAGGAAAGAGGAGCAGAAGCGGCUUGAUAUCGCCGAAGAUCGCGCGAUGCUUGCGCUUGACAAGCAGCUGAAGUUACAAGAGGCUGCCAAGAAGCAGACCAUCUUCGAGUUGGAAAAGGAUUGUCGAGAGUUCAGCUCUCAGCAGCUAAGCAAAGAGAAGAGCGACACCUUUGACCUCAACGACCCGCUGCGGCUUCGGAAGGAGGCUCAGAUGCGGUAUGGCGAUGCCGACCCGCGAUGCGGGGCAGCCAGCAUGCUCAAGUUUGGCGGCGAGGACCUCAUGAAGGCCGAGCGCAAACGGCAGCAGCAGAAGCAGCAGGUGAUGUUCAUUGAGCAGCAGCAGUUCGAAAAGGAGAUGCUGAUCGAGGAGAACAGCGACAAGAAGUAUAUCCAGGAGACAGCGGAGAUGAUCGCACUGCGAAAUGAGAUGGAGACGAACGAGCAGAACCUGCGCAAGGAGUUGCAGCAAUCGCAGCAGGCUGUGAACUUGGACCAUGCCGCAGGUCGGGCCAGGCAGCAGCAGGAGCUGAAAGAGCAGGAGUCUUUGCUCGAUGCAGCGGAGCUCUAUCAUCACGGCCAUGACCCAUUCCUGAACGAGUGCAAGGACAACACAAAUCCAAAUGGCCGUGUGCGGAGGGCAGAGUACAAAGGUGCCACCAAGGAGGAGCGUAUGCAGGGACUGCGCAUUCUGCGGCAGCAAGCGGCGGAGCAGAACAUGCAGAAGUACAACGAGAAGGUGGAAGAUUUCCGGUUCCAGAAUCUCCAGGAGGCUGCCAGGAGGCAGCUGAUCCUCCAGGAGAGGGACAAGGCUCGCAACCGCCGCGCCAUGGCGGAGGCGAUGGCCAAGGAGAAUUUGCAGCUUAAGGCCGAGAAAGUGCAGCAGACGAAGGCAAUGAAUGAGCUGUACACCAACAAGUUCUCCGAUGACUUCUUCGCGCAGUUCGGGACCACCACACGAUGAAAGUGUAGCUUGCUGAGUCUUUUGGCAUGCCUCGCGCUGUGCCUGCAGAACAUCUUGUUUCAGAGUCUUAGUCUCAGCCAGUUGCAUUUGGUGCAAGAAUCCCGCCCAGCCAAAAUAUGGCUGGAUGAAAGCUUCUUCGCUUGGUAUCGCGCAUGUGGUUGCUUGCAAGAAUCCGCAAGACAAGCUUUCGGCGCAGCAGUGCGCGUACGCAGUCGUGUCACACUCCACACUUUCUCGGAGGUCUCACUGCACGAUCCAUUUUGGGUUCUGAUUGUUUGGUGAACAACUCAUUCCACAGUGUCAAUUCUUAGCUAAAACUAGGCAAGGCAAAUGUUUCUGGAUGGCAUCGCGGAAAUCCCCAAAGGGAUGACCGAUGAUUGAAAACAAAAGAGCACA